AUGACAGUCGAAAACACAAUCGACAUCACCCUCCCUAACUACGGCACCAUCCGCGGCUCUGUCGACACUCAACGCCAGGUCGCCAUCUUCCGUAACGUCCCCUAUGCUCAUGCCCCCGUCCGCUGGCGCGUUGCCGUCAAGCCCCAGCCUUGGACCGGUGUCCGUGAUGCCACCAUCCAGGGACCCUCAUGCCCGCAGGGAGCAACAUUAUACCCACUUGGAAGGCUUGUGCCCGCAUCCAUGCUCAAGAUCGGAUCCCACCCCACAUACCCCUUUGGAGUUGAGCAUUCAGAAGUCGAUGGUCUGAACUUGAACAUUUUUGUGCCUCUUUCUGCGUUGAAGGAGGGAGCCGAGCCUGUACCGGUCAUGACUUGGAUCCAUGGUGGCGCUUUACGUACCGGCGCAAACUAUGUCCAUCUCUAUGAUGCGCGAAACUUGGUCGAACACUCGAUCAAACUGAACCAACCCGUUAUUGUCGUCGCCGUCAACUACCGCCUCGCCGCAUUCGGAUUUAUAGCAUCCAAGGAACUCCAACAGGACAUGGAGCACUACGCCUCUACCUCCUCAACCCCUGUCUCUCUUUACGACCAGUCUGUUGGAAACUGGGGAUUGCAGGAUCAGAAACUUGCCUUCGAGUGGGUCCGUGAGAACAUUGCUGCUCUUGGAGGCAACAACAGGAAUGUGACGGCGUGGGGUGAAUCUGCAGGAUCGCUGUCGUUGCACUACCAUAUGUUGAUCCCUGCCCAUAAGGGUCUGUUUGAUCAUGCGAUUAUGCAGUCGGGUGUUGUUGGAACCAUGGCCGCCGGUGUGGUCGAGCUGGAUGGGCAGCAGCUUUUUGAUCGCUUGGUGGAGACCCUUGGAAUUCCCAAGGAUCUAGACGGUGUGGAGAAGGUGAAGCGUUUGAGGGAGGUCCCUAUGGAUGAAUUGAGUCGCGCUUCGGAUCUUGCAGUACCUGGACUCCAAUUCGUCCCCUACCACGAUGGCGGUAAACUGCUGCCCUCCACCCUGCCCAUCCAAACAUGGUCUACCCAGAUCUCGUCUUACGAUCCUAGCGUCAAAUCGAUCAUGCUCGGAACCAACAAGGAUGAAGGCACAGUAUUCGCUUCUGCCUUUGGGGACGCCAAGCUCGCCACCUUCCCAGAACUCGUCAAGAAAUUCGCCCCCUCGCCUCAGCUCAUCCCCUUGUUUGAUUCCAUUUACGGCAUUCCACAGUCUGACAAAGACGCCAGCCGAAUCCUGGCCGCAGUUGUCGGAGACCUUAUCUUCCAGUACCCCGUCCAGCAAGUUGCCGACACCCUGUUGGAGCUCAAGAAGUCCCGAGGCGAUGAUUUCCACCUAGAGCGAUACUACUACGACGUUACACUCAACAAGAUGGAUGAGAUUAUUCCCGGACUGGGAGCAAUGCACGCCGGAGAGCUUCCCAUCAUUUUCGGACCCCCGUUCUCGGAUACCGUCCUGACAGAAUCUGAGCUGGCAUUGAGCACUGAGAUCCAGAAGCGAUGGAUCGCUUUCGCAAACCAGAAGCCCGUGACGGCGGAGGGUGGAGAGGUUGCAGACUCGGAAAAGGAUCAGGCGAUUAUUUGGACGCAUGAUCAUCGAGUUGAGGUUGGGAAGGGAAGGAGGUUGAACAAGGAGGCGAUUGUGUUCUGGGAGACGAUCUUUAAAUUCAAGUUGCAGCGUGUCCAAGCUGCCUUGGCUCCCCGCGAGAAGUAA